UAUUAUCCCAAAACACAAGUCUCUAGUCUUUGAGGAAAAAACAAUGGCAAGUUUGGAAGAAGAGAAGCUUGUCCAAAUGGUUCAUGAGUUCAUAGAAUCAGAACAAGAACCAGAACCAGAACCAUCAUCACUUCCAAUCUCCUCAAUCAACCACUCCUCUACCUUCAUUCUUCAGGGAAUACUUGGGAGUUACACAAAGGAGGAGAUGGAAGUGAUGGAAAAGGCAAAGGAGUUUGUGAGGGAAAUGAAAGAUGAGAAAAUGAUACAGAGGAGUGAUAUAAUGAAGAGAAGGUUGAUGAUGAGUUUGAGAAAGCAUGGCUUUGAUGCAUCACUAUGUAUGUCUUCAUCUCUUGCUUAUUAUGAGUACAUAGACAUAGUCAAUAACUUGACAUGUAGAUUAAUAAUAGACAUUGAGUUCAAGUCUCAGUUUGAGCUUGCAAGACCAACAAUGUCUUAUGCUCAACUUUCAAGCUCACUUCCCAACAUAUUUGUUGGAAGUGAAGAGAAGUUGAAAAUGGUGGUGGCUAUACUAAGCUCAGCUAUACAACAGUGUUUAAGAGAAAGUGGACUUCAUGUACCUCCAUGGAGGAAGUCUAGUUACAUGAAGUCUAAAUGGUUUUCAUGUUGUAAUAAGGUCAAUCGUUCCAUUGUUAUUCCUUACCAUAAUUCAUACAGGCUCAAAGAUAAGAAGAAGGAAAUCAUGCAAGUUGGAGGGCUUUCUAGUCAGUUCUCUCAAUUAACUGUGAAUUGCUGAUGAUGAACUUGGGAAAAAGAAGUUCAGAGUUUUGUUUUACUGAAAACUUUUUAUAUAUAUAUAUAUAUAUAUAUAAAUGGCAGCUUUUGUUCACAUGGGUAUGUUUGUUGGAAGUUUGGAACUCAAGUGAUAUAUAUUGGAACUUGGAAACUUUUGCAGAGAAAAAGCAAGGGAAGUGGGUGAUGGAUUUUAUGCAAUUUGGGAUCACUCAAAUGUCACUGUUUAAAUUUCCAUCUAGUGAUGCAUUGUGUUUUUCUUUUAAAAAGAGUAUAAUGAUUGAUUCUAUAUUUAUGUAAAUAUAUAUAUAUAUAUAUAUAUAUAAAUGAAAUUAAGAUGAAAUUAUCUGUUAGUCUAUGAAACU